UUGGGAGCAGGAGCAGGCUCGGCCGCAGCCCUGGGAAGGGGGUCCAGGGGGCGGUGGCCCUGGGGAUGGGGAAGGAGCAGGAGCUGCUGGAGGCGGCCCGCACCGGGCACCUCCCGGCCGUGGAGAAGCUGCUGUCCGGGAAGCGGCUUUCCUCGGGCUUCGGGGGUGGCGGCGGCGGCGGCUCCUCCGGGAGCAGCGGCGGCGGCGGCGGCGGCGGCGGCGGCGGCCUCGGGUCCUCUAGCCAUCCCCUCUCCAGUCUGCUCAGCAUCUGGAGAGGGCCAAAUGUGAACUGUGUUGACAGCACUGGCUAUACACCUCUACACCAUGCUGCUUUGAAUGGCCAUAAGGAUGUGGUUGAGGUUCUUUUGAGGAACGAUGCGCUGACCAACGUGGCUGAUUCUAAAGGCUGUUACCCUCUGCACUUGGCAGCCUGGAAAGGAGAUGCCCAGAUAGUGCGGUUGCUCAUCCAUCAAGGGCCCUCACACACCAGAGUCAACGAACAGAAUACUCUUGAGAUCAAAGAAUUCAAAAAGUACGGCCCCUUUGACCCUUAUAUCAAUGCCAAGAACAACGACAACGAGACGGCCCUGCAUUGUGCGGCACAGUACGGCCACACAGAGGUGGUGAAGGUCCUUUUAGAGGAGCUGACGGACCCCACCAUGCGCAACAACAAGUUUGAGACCCCUCUGGACCUGGCCGCGCUGUACGGGAGACUAGAGGUGGUGAAGAUGCUCCUCAAUGCACACCCCAACCUCUUGAGCUGCAACACUAAAAAGCACACCCCUCUGCACCUGGCAGCAAGGAAUGGCCACAAAGCUGUGGUCCAGGUCCUCCUUGACGCCGGCAUGGAUAGCAACUACCAGACGGAGAAGGGCAGUGCUUUGCAUGAGGCUGCUCUGUUUGGCAAGACUGAUGUGGUGCAAAUCCUGCUGGCUGCAGGAAUCGAUGUCAACAUCAAAGAUAACCGUGGCCUGACUGCCCUAGACACUGUCCGGGAACUGCCUUCUCAAAAGAGCCAGCAGAUAGCAGCGCUUAUUGAAGAUCACAUGACUGGAAAAAGAAGUGCAAAAGAGGUUGAUAAAACCCUCAGGUCCCAGGGACCUCUCAUCUCCAAUAUGGACUCCAUAUCCCAGAAGUCUCAGGGUGAUGUGGAGAAAGCAGUGACUGAACUGAUCAUUGAUUUUGACACAAAUGCUGAAGAGGAGGGUCCCUACGAGGCGCUAUAUAAUGCCGUCUCCUGCCAUUCGUUGGACAGCAUGGCCAGUGGGCGAUCGUCUGACCGAGACUCUGUGAACAAGGAGACUGAGGCAGCAGGAGUGAAGGCUGCUGGAGUGAGGCCUAGGGAACGUCCACCGCCUCCUGCAAAGCCACCACCCGAUGAAGAGGAGGAAGAGCGCAUAGAUAAGAAGUAUUUUCCCUUGACAGCUUCUGAGGUCUUGGCCAUGAGGCCCUGGAUUCAGGGAAGUGCAGCCAGGGAGGAAGACGAGCAUCCUUACGAGCUGUUGUUAACAGCAGAAACAAAGAAGCUGGGAUCCAUGGAUGGGGACGGAAAACCAAAAGACCACAGGCGGAGCAGCAGCAGCCGGAGCCAGGACUCUGCGGAGGGGCAGGACGGGCAGGUCCCAGAGCAGUUCUCAGGUCUCCUCCACGGCUCCUCCCCGGUGUGUGAGGUGGGGCAGGACCCUUUCCAGCUGCUCUCUGCCACUGGCCAGAGCCAUCCAGAAGGGUCCCCCACACAGGGCGCCUGUCACGAGGCCAACAUGCAGCUGGAGGAGAUGGGUGUACACGCUCCUGGAGCCUCCCCACCCAGUGUCCUGGACCAGGGUAAGAGAGUGGGUUACCCGGCCAGCCUGCCCACCACCACCAGCCAAUCGCACCCCGAAACUUUGACUCACACAGCAUUGCAACACCCUGGUGGUGCCGAGGAAGAAAAAGACCGGAGUGGGACUAGGAGCCGAGCCCCUCCCACCAGCAAACCCAAAGCUGAACUCAAACUCAGCCGCAGCUUGUCCAAGUCUGACUCUGAUCUCCUGACCUGCUCACCCACGGAGGACACUACAAUGGGGAGCCGGAGCGAGUCCUUGUCUAACUGCAGCAUCGGGAAGAAGAGGCUGGAGAAAUCGCCCUCCUUUGCCUCUGAGUGGGAUGAGAUUGAGAAAAUCAUGAGCUCUAUUGGAGAAGGAAUUGACUUUUCUCAGGAACGGCAGAAGAUCUCAGGUUCGCGGACGCUGGAGCAGAGCGUCGGGGAGUGGCUGGAGGCGGUGGGGCUGCAGCAGUAUGAGAGCAAGUUGCUUCUGAAUGGCUUUGACGAUGUCCGCUUCCUGGGGUCUAACGUGAUGGAGGAGCAAGACCUGCGGGAUAUUGGCAUCACUGACCCCCAGCACCGGCGAAAGCUUCUCCAGGCAGCAAAGUCCCUGCCCAAGGUGAAAGCUCUGGGCUAUGAUGGCAAUAGCCCCCCAUCAGUGCCCUCCUGGCUGGACUCCCUGGGGCUGCAGGACUAUGUGCACUCCUUCCUGUCGAGUGGCUACAGCUCUAUUGAUACUGUGAAGAACCUCUGGGAACUGGAGCUUGUCAAUGUCCUGAAGGUGCACCUCCUUGGCCAUCGCAAGCGCAUCAUUGCCUCGCUCGCAGACAGGCCCUAUGAGGAACCACCCCAGAAGCCCCCACGGUUUUCCCAGCUGAGGUGCCAAGAUUUGCUCUCCCAGACAUCGUCCCCACUGAGCCAAAAUGACUCCUGCACUGGCCGUUCUGCUGACCUGCUGCUGCCUCCUGGGGACACAGGCAAGAGGCGGCAUGACAGUCUUCAUGACCCUGCAGCACCUUCCCGAGCAGAGCGCUUCAGAGUCCAGGAAGAGCAGCGCGAAGCCAAACUGACCCUUCGGCCCCCCAGCCUGGCUGCGCCUUACGCCCCAGUGCAGAGUUGGCAACACCAGCCAGAGAAACUCAUCUUCGAGUCCUGUGGUUACGAAGCCAAUUAUCUGGGCUCCAUGCUGAUCAAAGAUCUUCGAGGGACAGAAUCCACACAGGACGCCUGUGCCAAGAUGCGGAAAUCCACCGAGCACAUGAAGAAGAUCCCCACUAUCAUCCUGUCCAUCACAUACAAAGGUGUCAAGUUCAUCGAUGCCUCCAACAAGAAUGUUAUUGCGGAGCACGAGAUCCGGAACAUUUCCUGUGCGGCCCAGGACCCAGAGGACCUCUGUACCUUUGCCUACAUCACCAAGGACCUGCAGACCAGCCACCACUAUUGCCAUGUUUUCAGCACAGUGGACGUGAACCUGACCUACGAGAUCAUCCUGACGCUGGGGCAGGCGUUUGAGGUGGCCUACCAGCUGGCCCUGCAGGCCCAAAAGUCCCGGCCGCUAGGGGCCUCUGCUGCCGAGACGAUUGAAACAAAAUCUUCCAAGCCAGUGCCUAAGCCUCGGGUUGGCACGAGGAAGUCAGCACUGGAACCGCCCGACCUGGACCCGGACACCCAGUCCCAUGCCAGCGUCUCCUGGGUUGUGGACCCUAAGCCAGACUCUAAGCGGAGCCUCAGCACCAACUGAGCCACUGAGGAGCCAACCAUGCUGCGGAGACACAGACGUGGGGAGCACAGGCUCCCGCCGCUGCCACCGCCGCCACCACCACUGUGUCACCUGCAGCUUUGAAGACCCAGGCCCAGCCUCUACCUGUCGCAGCUCCUUGGGGCUGCUUGGCCUGGACCUGCCACCACCAGGUCUUACAGAGCAAGCCGCACUCCAUGCCUCGAGCAGACGAGACUGAACUCCAGAGAGUCAAGAAGUGACUUGUCCAGAAGACAUUUUUUUAAUAGAAAACAACUUUUCUAUAAAAUGAAUUUUUAAGACUUGGCUCAAACCUCUAGGUUAAACUGCCAACCUUUAGACAGGCGGCCAUCGGAUCAGAGGGCAGGGGACCCAAGCAUGGCUAUAAGGCCAGUCUGAGAAGCCUUCUGUCCUCAAGACAGGAUGUUGGCGUGUUCCAGGAAGGCGCCGGCCUCUGGGUGCACUGAAAGCAGGCACGAGUGGGCAAAAUCGAGCGGGUUUGUUCGAGUCUACCUUCCAAACCCAACCACGUCUGUCGCUGUUCCUUACGAGCUGCGCAACUUCUCGUGCUGGUCCGGAGCUGGAUACCGCCUCUGCGGUAAGAACACAGCCGCAGAGACACGUGGCAAAGCAAAGGCUCCCGGCCCAUUUCAGGGGUUCCAAAUGUGCAGGCCCCAAGGCCAGAGCUGAGGGAGCAGUUCCUGGUGCCACAAAGUCUGAGCCGGCACCAGAGCCCUGGGCCGCCCCUGGGUGCCUGCCCUGCUGGCGGUCAGGCACUUGCCCAUGCUGCCUGGCGGCCUCGGGUCACCCGAGUUCAGUCAGAAAGUAGAAAAAGCAGCUUUGUUUCGGGCAUUAACAGGUAGGUCGCUAAGACUGCUACCUGCCAAUCUGUGAUUUGUCUAAUCAGGUCUGUGUGAUUAGGACUCACUUUGAUUCUCUGAAUUAUUGGUUUGACUGUUGUAUUUCAGCUGCUGGAUUCAUCCCUGGCUCCAAGUGUAGAGAAGGCUAAAUAAGAUGACAGUUGAUUCGAGUCUCCCCCAGUGUGGCCUUCGGGGUGGGCUGGGGUCCUGGUGCACCACCGCCCUUCUGCUGGCUUGCUUGGUUUUUUAACUGGGAAUCUUGCUCUGUACUCCUGAAGUUGGUAGAGGCAACUGGGUUAAUUCCCGUGAGGCCAAGGGGCAGAGGCGGCUCAGCUGCUUGUCUGGUACCUUCCAGAGUAGGGAACAGAGGGGAGCCCUUCCUCCUGUGGGUAAUUGAGCAGCCCUCUUGUUUUGCUGGCAUGGGGCAGGCUGCUCCCUGGGCCCACAUCCUCAGCUUCGUGGGACUUCUUUCCCAGCAAGGCUGUGAAUUGACCUUCCCUGUGGGUUCUGUGCAGGGAGAGUGCUCUUAGGCACACUCACAACCCCUGCGAUUGGCCAGACAUGGAAAGCCUGGCCCCUGCCAACUUGAGGCUGGACCCCAGGGGUGGCACCCCCCUCUCUGGGCAGGGGUAGGGGACCCUCCACUCUCCGGUACUAAACAAGGACCUCAAUGCCUGUGCAUCACUUCGCUUCCUGCUCCUCUCAAGGCCCGUGAGCCUGCCAUCAGCUGCCACCAUGCAGUGCUGGCACAGUUCCCUCCCCCCUGCAAGAGGCCUGGCCCCGGCUACAUGCACCUCUCUGGAGGCGGCAGGUCCAAACAGCAAACUAGACACUACGAUGAGCUGCUCGAGCUGUCUUUUUGUUUUUAAAUCAUAUGUAGGUGUUUCCUCCCCUUGAAGCUGCUAUAUAUUUAUUCAGGGUGUUUUUGUAUUGGAAAGCCUUGGCUAGUGCGCUCUGGCUCUGGGUUUGCAUUUGAGAUUGGUUUAUUUCUUAAUAGUCAAGCAGGGUAGGAACUGGAUCUUUCUUUCCUCUUUACUUCUCCUCCGGGGCAGGUACUCCCUAUUCCCUAGACAGCAGUGGUGUGACUCCAAGGACAGGCUUCGGGUAGAAAAGCCUCAGCUUCUGCACCUGUCGGAGUUCCGAGCAGGCUCCGAGCUGUGCGAGGCCCCUUCUAGACAGACUUCAGGGGACCCAGUGUCUUCGCCGGCCACAGGUUCUCCACUUGCCCCUCUCCCGCUUUCGUAGGACCCCUCCCGCCGCUCCGCAUUCACAGUGCCCCACAUCCCCCUGGUCUCUAGCACCACGUUCUAGCAGGAGUUCCCCGAGAAGCCUCGGGCUGCAUCGGCAGCAAACACGGCUGCAAUCGGUCCCACACGAGAGAGUUAGCCUGACCCGGGCCCACUCCUGAGAUGCUGGGCCUGCGGGAGGCUGGUCAGGUGCGGUUCACAACAGUGUUGUUGCUUGCUAAUGGGAUGGCAAUGGGACUGAAUUGUAAUAAAACUGUUAUUUAAUCUUUGUCUCUGUAUUUUGAUACUUGAAUGAAUUCCCCUUUUAUUUUACUGUACAUAUAAUUGUUAGUCUGAUUUUGUCCGAUUUACGAACAUCUUGUGGUACCAAACAUACCCACUCUGUGCAACGACAUAGACUGACCUCACUACACAGGAGAGAGUGUAAAUAUUCCUGGGCUUCCGGCUUUGGUUUUGUUAUUUUCAUAACUGUACAACUUAGAACAAUUAAUAAAUGAGAAGCAACACGAAAUCA